AAAUACGCAUACGAAAAAAGGAAGUUCAACAAAAAAGUACGACGAUGGCAAGGAACAAUCUGCACCGAUUAUCUAUACCAGCAUGCGAAGACGUUUUACAGAAAGAAGAAAGAAGCAACAAACUCAGUUGAUCUGCUUAAGCUCACAAGGAAACCUGGCCAUCAUCGAAAAGCUUUGGCCUUCUAGGGCUAAUGAACGGAAAGUCAUUACGCACCGUAUGUUUAAGCCGUUCGUACCUUAUAUUGACUUCGACGCUAUCUUUGAACCACCCGAUAAUGCGCCACAAGAAAUCAGGAAGAUCUGUGCACGCUGGAGAAACUUCAUCAAGCAUUGCUAUAUUCGCGAUAUGGAAGGUUCGCUUGAUAUCCGUGUACGGGCUCGCCAUGGUGGCGAGGAAGAUCAUACCCGUAAAGAAGAUUUCAAAUUCUUCCGCUAUUGGAAGAACUUGAUCUCGGGGGGUAUCAUCAUCGAAUUCCCCCCAGUUGAAGAUCUUCCGGUCAACAUAGACCCGGCAGCAAAGGCUCGUGACGUCGGAUAUGAGGAUGUAUCUGAUUACGAAUUCGAUGACAGCGACGCUGCAUACAUAGGUUCUGGCAACCGAGCAGCCAUUUCGGUUUCUGAAAAAAGUUGGAGAAAUGAAGAGCGUCGGAGGGUCACUUCAGGAUCAUAUUUCACUUUUAGUAGCCGUGAGUUGUAACAACGAAAUAGGUCUGGCGCUGUGACCCCGUCAUUCAAGAUUCUUCUAAACAAACAUUAUUUAGCACUCAGCAAGAUCCCGUUCUACCAAUGUACUUGAUUUGUUUUCUGACGUAGAUUACAUCAAAGGGAGAG